UAUGCUUCCUUACCAUUACUUUCACCACAACAUAUCUUUCAGUGCAGUGGAAAAAGUUGUCAUUUUUGUGUCCCAAAAACCUAUUGCCAAUCAUCACCACUUCUAAAUGGAAGCUUUCAGCACUACCUCUAUGCCCUUACCUUAUUCAUACACUCACAUUGCUAGGAGUUCAACUACUUCUAGUGAUCCAACAAGUCCAUGGAUGGACAGUAGGAUUUGGAGUAAACUCCCACAAAGGCUGCUUGAACGUGUGAUAGCCUUUCUUCCUCCACCGGCAUUUUUUCGAGCACGUGCAGUGUGCAAGAGAUGGUAUGGUCUCUUAUUCUCCAACAACUUCCUUGAAUUGUACAUCCAAGUCUCUCCACGCCGCCACUGGUUCCUCUUCUUCGAGCACAAGACCACCAGAAGCUACAUUUACAGAAACAACAACAACUAUAGCACAGGAGGCAGUACUGGCCAAAGCAGAGACAACUUUGAAGGGUACCUCUUUGACCCUUACGAAAUUACAUGGUAUCGAAUUCCAUUUGCUCUAAUUCCAUCUGGGUUCUCUCCGGCUGCUUCUUCUGGUGGUCUGGUUUGCUGGGUUUCUGAUGAAGCUGGCACAAAAAGCCUGGUUUUAUCAAAUCCACUUUUUGGCUCUCUGACUCCAUUACCACCAACACUAAGACCCCGUCUCUUCCCUUCAAUUGGAUUGAACGUUGGUCUGACUUCAAUUGAUGUAACUCUCGCCGGAGACGACUUGAUUUCUCCAUAUGCAGUCAAAAAUCUAUCCACUGAAAGCUUUCACGUAGACACAAGCGGGUUUUACUCACUUUGGGGAACGACCUCUGCUUUACCAAGACUGUGUAGUCUUGAAUCAGGCCAGAUGGUAUACACGGACCGCAAAUUCUAUUCAAUGAAUCAGAACCCAUAUAGUAUUCUUGGUUACGACAUUUCGUCGAACACCUGGUUGAAAAUCCAAGCACCAAUGAGAAGGUUCUUGAGAUCCCCAAGCUUGCUCGAUUGCAGAGGAAAACUAGUUCUAAUUGCAGCAGUUGAGAAGAGCAAACUCAAUGUCCCCAAAAGCUUGAGACUCUGGGGAUUACAAGCUUGUGGGACAACUUGGGUUGAAAUUGAGAGGAUGCCACAACAACUGUACCUUCAGUUUGCAGAAAUGGAGUCUGGUUGUGGGUUUGAUUGUGUUGGACAUGGAGAAUUUGUCGUUAUAACGAUCCAUGGAUCGGAUAAGGCGUUGUUGUUUGACAUGGUUAGGAAGAGGUGGCAGUGGAUACCCCCAUGUCCUUACGUUGUUCAAGGUGGAGACGGUGAAUUGCAUGGUUUUGCUUAUGAGCCUAGACUUGCAACUCCAGUAACUGGACUUCUUGAUCAGUUGACACUUCCGUUUCAGCCUUUCAAUGGUUAG